AUGGCCGACCUGAGUGCCAUGGCCGACAUGACAGUGGAAGAGCUGCGCGCCGAGAUCGCGGCGACCAGGCAGCGGCAGGCGGCGGAGGCAGACAGGACGAAUCAGAUCGAGGCUGACAUCGAAGAGGCCAUAGAGCGGCAACGGCUGCGGCGCGAGCUGGAGGCGGAAACAGACGUCUUGUCGGACCAGCAACUACACAACCAAAAUCGCAUUGGCUUCUUGAACCGUGUGAACGCAGACAUCGGUGGGCCUCGUCUUUCCGUGGCCAGGCUUCCCCCGCCUCCCACUUCAAAGCCGCAGCUGCCGCAGCUCCUGUCGGCUUCAAGCGUCAAGCAGCGCACCAGCUUCGGCCACGAGGAGAACCUCUGGACAGCGAAGUCUCAGAUUUUCGGCGUGGGUGGCUUCAGCUUCCAAUUUGUCUACAACCCUCACGGCGGCUAUCUUGACUCCAUCUUCGGCCGGGAGAUUUCAUAUGCGCAGGGUUCCGUUGCCAUAAUGACAUGUGCUGGCGAAAGACUCUCCCUUCGGUACCGCAUUUAUGUCAAGGCACGUGACGGAGCCUUUGCACAGUGGGGCGAGACGCGUGAUGAAGUCCAUUACGGCGGUGUCGCAGCCUAUGGUCCUGAUGUGAGUUGGGAUGGGGAAGCAGAUCCUCCAACCGUGACCGGCAUCUUCGGCCUGACGUUUGAGCAGCUGCUGCAGUCCGAGUGGGUGGAGGCCGACACGCUGACCUUGAAGUUCCUGCUGGAAGUGCGACCUGCGGGGUGUUGUGCCUCGAAGGUCCUGAGCCAGGCAGUCGAGGUUCCAGAAGCUACCCUGAACCGCGACACGCAAGCUCUGCUGGAGAAAGGCUCGUGCAGCGACGUGCGGUUCAUUGUUCAGGGUGAAGUGGUGCAUGCGCACUCGCCAGUCCUCUGUGCGAGAUCCGAAGUGUUGGAGAAGCAGCUGACCGGCGGCAUGCAGGAAUCGGCCUCCAAGGUGAUCGUGGUGGAGGACUGUGAGGUGGCCACCUUCAAAGCCUUCCUACAGUUCCUCUACACCGACCGUUUGCCCACCAUCGAUGAGCUUGCGGCACAGGCUCCAAGCGCCGACCAGAGGGGCGAUGGCAAUGUGCAGCUGCCGCAGAUGCAGGCCUUGCUCGCUGUAAGCCACAAGUACCAGGCCACCAGGUUGCAGCGGUGGUGCGAAGCGCAGCUUUGCGAACGGCUCAGAGCAACCGAGGUCUGCGGGUUACUCGGCCAGGCGCACCUCUUCCAGGCCAAGCAGCUCGAGAAGGCUUGCUUCACGCACAUCAAGCACCACCUGAUCGAGGUGCUCAAGCUCCCUGCCUACGCCGAGAUGGUCGCGAAGUGGCCCGAGAUCGGGGUGAAGCUGAGCCUCUUCUUGGCGGGCGCACCGGAGGCGGAGGCGGCUGCCGUCGUGGAGGUGCUUAUUAAGCACUACAACUCACUGAGCCCUGGCGUCUUGACGCCCACGAGCCCUCUGCGCACGGCUCAGGCUCCGCCCCGGCCUCCGCCGGUGCUUGAGUUUCGCGAGGGGCGGCUGCUUGUGAGGACCCUGCGGCUUCUGACUGCCAUGGCCGGACUGACAGCGGAGGAGCUGCGCGCCGAGAUUGAGGCGACGAGACAGCAGGUGGCGGCGGAGGACGAUAGGAUUCAACAGAUCCGCACCGAGAUCGAGGAGGCCAACGAGCGGCAGCGGCUGCGGCGAGAGUUGGAGCAAGCAAGAGACGACUUGGCUUUCAGGCAAGACGAGCAUGGUUAUCUGGACACUCAUUGGAGAGCCGUGGAUGCAGACCGGGCUGGGCCCUACCUUCCUGGGAGAUCAAUGACCGGCCCUCACACGGCACCAAAGCAGCCCGUCUUAUUGCCUUCUAACGGGGCGGAGUGUACAAAUUUCGGGCACCUGGUCGCUCGGGGCGAGUAUGUGUGGAAGCUGCAGCAGCUCUCGUGGCUCCCCAGUGUGCUUCGCCAGGAAAACCUCUGGACAGCGCAGUCUGAGCACCUCUUGGUGGCUGGCAUUAAGUUUCAAUUUGUCUACAGCCCUCACGGAGGCUAUCUCAUGUCCGAUGAUGCUGGCUGGGUUGCACAGGGCUCCGUCGCCAUAAUGACAGAUGAGAACGAAAGACGACUUGUGCUUCGGUACCGCAUUUACGUCAAGGCACAGGAUGGAACCUGGGCGCAGUGGGGCGAGACACAUGAUGAAGUCCAUUACGGCGGUUCUGCAGCCUAUGGUCCUGAUGUGAGUUGGGAUGGGCAAGCAGAUCCUCCAACCGUGACCGGCAUCUUCGGCCUGACGUUCGAGCAGCUGCUGCAGUCCGAGUGGGUGGAGGCCGACACGCUGACCUUGAAGUUUGUGCUGGAAGUGCGUCCGGAGGAUGACGAUGUCAGCUACUUCACCCAAACAGUCCCGGUAGUCGAGGUUCCGGAAUCUACCAUGAACCGCGACACGCAAGCUCUGCUGGAGAAAGGCAUGUGCAGCGACGUGCGGUUCAUUGUUCAGGGUGAAGUGGUGCACGCGCACUCGCAAGUCCUCUGUGCGAGAUCCGAAGUCUUCGAGAAGCAGCUGACGGGCGGCAUGCAGGAAUCGGCCUCCAAGGUGAUCGUGAUCGAGGACAGCGACGUGGCCACCUUCAAAGCCUUCCUGCAGUUCCUCUACACCGACCGUUUGCCCACCAUCGAUGAGCUUGCGGCACAGGCUCCAAGCGCAGACCAGAGGAAGGAUGGCAACAUGCACCUGCCGAAGAUGCAGGCCUUGCUCGCAGUGAGCCACAAGUACCAGGCAACCAGGUUGCAGCGGUGGUGCGAAGCGCAGCUGUGCGAACGGCUCAGCGCAACCGAGGUCUGCGGGAUACUCGGCCAGGCGCACCUCUUCCAGGCCAAGCAGCUCGAGAAGGCUUGCUUCACGUACAUCAAGCAGCACCUGAUCGAGGUGCUCAAGCUCCCUGCCUACGCCGAGAUGGUCGCGAAGUGGCCCGAGAUCGGGGUGAAGCUGAGCCUCUUCUUGGCGGGCGCGCCGGAGGCGGAGGCGGCUGCCGUCGUGGAGGCCAGCAGCUGCACCGUUGUGUCGGGACCCGACGCAGAAGUCAUCACCAGCGCAGAGGCACAGUGCCUCUUCUGUGCAUUCGGGCCUGCUUCCCUCUUCCCCCUCUCAGAAGCAGGCUGCCACUCCGGCCUCCGCUGCUUUGAGCUUCUCAAGGCUUUGUGGUACUUUACUGUGGUCUCUGCGACUUUCUGCGGCACAUGCAUACGUCUAAUGACCCUGCGGCUUCUGACUGCCAUGGCCGGCCUGACAGCGGAGGAGCUGCGCGCCGAGAUUGAGGCGACGAGGCAGCAGGUGGCGGCGGAGGACGAUAGGAUUCAACAGAUCCGCACCGAGCUCCACGAGGCCAACGAGCGGCAGCGGCUGCGGCGAGAGUUGGAGCAAGCAAGAGACGACUUGGCUGUCAAGCAAGGCUUGCAUCAAGGCCUGGAUGCUCGUCGGAGAGCCGUGGACGAGGACCGGACCGGGCCCUACCCUCUUGGGACUUCGGUGACCGAGCCUCGCACGGCACCAAAGCAGAACUGGGCGGAGUACGCCAGAAACCUGUGGGUAGCGGAGUCUGCGCACUCCUGCGUGGUGGCUGGCAUUGAUUUUACAUUUGUCUACAACCCUCACGGAGGCUAUCUCAUGUCCAAUGAUGUCGGCUGGGACUAUAGACACGCGCAGGGUUCCGUCGCCAUCAUGCCAUGGGCGGGUGACCAAAGACUUACGCUUCGGUACCGCAUUUACGUCAAGGCCCGUGAUGGAGUCGUGAUGGAGCCUUUGUACAAUGGGGCGAGACGCGUGAUGAAGUCCAUUACGGCGGUGUCGCAGCCUAUGGACGACACGCUGACCUUGAAGUUUGUGCUGGAAGUGCGUCCGGAGGAUGACGAUGUCAGCUACUUCACCCAAACAGUCCCGGUAGUCGAGGUUCCAGAAGCUACCAUGAGCCGCGACACGCAAUCUCUGCUGGAGAAAGGCACGUGCAGCGACGUGCGGUUCAUUGUGCAGGGUGAAGUGGUGCAUGCACACUCGCAAGUCCUCUGUGCGAGAUCCGAAGUCUUCGAGAAGCAGCUGACGGGCGGCAUGCAGGAAUCGGCCUCCAAGGUGAUCGUUGUCGAGGACUGCGACGUGGCCACCUUCAAAGCCUUCCUGCAGUUCCUCUACACCGACCGCCUGCCCACCAUCAAUGAGCUUGCGGCACAGGCUCCAAGCGCAGACCAGAGGAAGGAUGGCAACAUGCACCUGCCGCAGAUGCAGGCCUUGCUCGCUGUGAGCCACAAGUACCAGGCAACCAGGUUGCAGCGGUGGUGCGAAGCGCAGCUGUGCGAACGGCUCAGCGCAACCGAGGUCUGCGGGAUACUCGGCCAGGCGCACCUCUUCCAGGCCAAGCAGCUCGAGAAGGCUUGCUUCACGUACAUCAAGCAGCACCUGAUCGAGGUGCUCAAGCUCCCUGCCUACGCCGAGAUGGUCGCGAAGUGGCCCGAGAUCGGGGUGAAGCUGAGCCUCUUCUUGGCGGGCGCGCCGGAGGCGGAGGCGGCUGCCGUCGUGGAGGCGAGCAGCCGCAAAGGCGCGGCGGGACCCGACGGAGAAGUCACCAGCGCAGAGGCGAAGUGA